AAAGAAGAUGGAAAAUAGGGGAUACAGAAGCAUCCAAGUGGCUCUAAUUCUACCUCAAAUCUUGCUUUAAUUCUUUGCAUACUCCCAUUCAUCACACACUGAUGAAUACCAUGGCUAGUUCUUUAACAGUCUCCAUGUACAAACUCGAUUUAUGGUUCCAUAAAACAAUCAAGAGAACAUCUUCUUCAAUCCCUUUUAACAAUCAAACCCGCCAUGUCCCUUUCCAAUUCUUGAUUUCUAACACAGCUUCAAGAUUUAGUCUCCCAAACUGUAAAUUUUCCAUUUCUAAUUCACUAGUGGAUAACUGCUUAGUUCAUGGCGAUACCCAUAAAAGCACACCCCCAAUUGAAGUUAAAACCAGUACAUGGAAUUGGAGAGAUUAUUCUAUUCGCUACCAGUAUUCUGGGAGUAGUGGACCUGCCUUGCUUUUGGUUCAUGGUUUUGGAGCAAACAGUGACCACUGGCGGAAAAAUAUAGGAGUUCUCGCGGAGGGACACAGGGUUUACUCUAUUGAUCUCAUUGGUUACGGUUAUUCAGACAAACCAAAUCCUCGUGAGCUUGGACUAAACUCCUUAUAUACAUUUGAAACAUGGGCCAGCCAAUUGAAUGACUUCUGCACUGACGUUGUCAAGGAUCAAGCCUUCUUUAUCUGCAACUCCAUUGGCGGAGUUGUUGGUCUCCAGGCAGCAGUCAUGAAGCCUGAAAUUUGUAGGGGCAUUUUUCUAUUAAAUAUUUCACUUCGUAUGCUGCACAUAAAGAAGCAGCCCUGGUAUGGGAGACCUCUUAUUAAAUCAUUCCAGAGUUUGCUGAGGAAUACUGGUGUGGGAAAAUUCUUCUAUAAAGCUGUAGCCACACCAGACUCAGUGAGGAACAUUCUUUGUCAGUGCUAUAAUGAUACAUCCCAGGUGACGGAUGAAUUGGUUGACAUAAUUCUUCGACCAGGACUUGAGCCUGGUGCUGCAGAUGUAUUUCUUGAGUUCAUAUGUUACUCAGGAGGGCCACUUCCCGAGGAACUACUCCCCCAAGUGAAGUGCCCUGUUUUGGUGGCAUGGGGCGAAAAGGAUCCAUGGGAACCGAUUGAUCUCGGGAGAGCCUAUGCUGAAUUUGAUUCUGUAGAGGAUUUUGUAGUUCUGCCUAAUGUUGGUCACUGUCCUCAGGACGAGGCACCUCAUCUCGUAAAUCCACUUGUUGCGUCCUUUGUGGCACGUCACGCAGCAAGAAGUGCUAGUCUAUCCUCGGCAGCUUUCUGAUUUGUGGUUAUUGGAAGGUCGAAUAGGUAUCCCAGUGUCUUUUAACCACCUACUUCUUUGAUGAGUCGAGGGCCAAAAAGACAUAUAUCCAGGAUAGUUAGGCAUGUCAAAACGAUAUCAUCCUCGUGGGUCUAUUCAGUUAAAGAUUCAAGAAGCACUAGGUUUCCCUAUAAACAUUUUCAUUUGUAUAUCGUCCAUUCUCUUCCCCUUUUCCUGUUAAAUAAUUUGUUAGUACUUUUCCUGAAAAAAUUAUGAUAACGAUUUCAUAUUCACAUCCUUUCAUGUAACAAAACGAUAUUAUCGGCUUUGCAUGUUUCUUAGAGAAAAGUGAUAUAGAUAUGAAUUUAUGA